CGACGUCUUCCCCCUCAAUUUCUCAUACAGCGGGAUUCCCCCGAUGCGCGGUGUCGAGCAUUCCAUCCAACUCGUGCCUGACUAUUGUGUUCACCAUCAGGCACCAUACCGACUCUGGAUUCCAGAGGCGACGGAACUGAAGCGUCAGCUUGAGGAGCUCCUUCGACUGGGUUUCAUUAAACCCAGUAACUCCCCUUGGGGUGCACCUGUCCUCUUUGCUCGCAAAGCGAACGGAACUCUCCGCCUCUGCAUCGACUACCACGGCCUUAACCGUUACACGGUUAAGAACAUCUAUCUCAUGCCCCGUGCGGAUGAGCUGUUUGACUGUCUGGCAGGCAACCGCUUCUUCACAAAGAUCGAUCUUCGUAGCGGUUACCACCAGAUCCGCGUUGCCAUAGAGGAUCAGCCGAAGACCGCCUUUGGAUCGCGCUUCGGCCUCUACGAGUUCACGGUGAUGCCAUUCGGCCUCACCAAUGCACCCGCCACCUUCCAGACGGCGAUGAACGACAUCUUCAGAGACAUCCUUGAAGAAUACAUUCUCGUAUACCUGGACGACAUCUUGGUCUACAGUCGUACCUUAGAAGACCAUCUCAGACACCCUAGCGAUGUCCUACAGCGCUUACGCAAGCAUGACUUUUAUGCCAAGCUUAGUAAGUGCCGCUUUGCCCAGCGCAAAGUGGAUUUUCUAGGACACCAUGUGUCUGACCAAGGUCUCCACAUGGACGACGCGAAGAUCACUGCUAUUGCAGAGUGGCCCGUCUCCACAUCUGCCAAGCAGCGUCGUAGUUUCCUAGGCCUCACCAGCUACUAUAACACUCGUUGCUCUGCUCUUGACGAUUGGAUCGCCCACAUGGCGGCGAUUAUGAAGCGCGCACACGAGAGUUUAGCCGACUCCCAGACUCGCAUGGCCGCACGAGCGAACCUAUCACGAAUGGAUCAUCCAUUCAAAGUCGGUGACGAUGUGCUCGUUGACGCAUGCCACUUACAGCUCGAAGCAGAUACGCUUCGCAAGUUCAGGCGUCGUUUCUUCGGUCCAUGCCGCGUCCUUCAGGCCGUCGGAUUUGAUACUGCCGCUAGUCCGGUCAACUUCCGUGUGAAACUACCUGAUUACCUUCGACAGGCUCGCGUACACGAUGUUUACCACGUCUCCUUGCUACGUCCUUAUCGCAGACCGUCCGAGCGCUUCGCCGGACGCCCUUAUGAGCGCCCUCCACCUAUCAUGGUGGACGGUCACGAGGAGUUCGUUAUUUCCGACAUCGUAUCACGCCGAGUUAUCGACGAUACCCCUCCACGCAUCGAGUACCUUGUGCGUUGGAAGGGCAUCCUUGAUGAGGAGACUACUUGGGAGCACCUCGAGCACUUACAACAGCGUUUUGCAGCUCUGCUUCGACAUCGACUCGAUUGCUACUUCAUCGACGUCAUCGACCACUUCAACGACUUCAACUACUUUGGACAUGACUACUUCACGUCACCAUCCUACCCUGUAUACUCCCUUGCCUCUGUCGCAUGAUGGUUCUCACUUAGUUGGGUCUCUUUGAGUUUGACUCUCCCUUGGUAUCGCAUAGGCAUUGGGACCGUAGCGUUCUCUUGGCUUC